CAGCGGUGCGCAGGCUCCAAGGCUACAUCCGGUGUGGUUGUCCGUUUCGCCGGGAGUUUGCUGGAAGGAGGCCGGAGAACUGAGUGUGUAGCCAUGUCGGCGUCGGUAGUGUCCGUCAUCUCGCGGUUCUUAGAAGAGUACUUGAGCUCCACUCCUCAGCGUCUGAAGUUGCUUGACGCGUACCUCCUGUACAUACUGCUGACCGGGGCGCUGCAGUUCGGUUAUUGUCUCCUCGUGGGGACCUUCCCCUUCAACUCUUUCCUCUCGGGCUUCAUCUCUUGUGUGGGGAGCUUCAUCUUAGCGGUUUGCCUCAGGAUACAGAUCAACCCACAGAACAAAGCGGAUUUCCAAGGCAUCUCCCCAGAGCGAGCUUUUGCUGAUUUCCUCUUUGCCAGCACCAUCCUGCACCUUGUCGUGAUGAACUUCGUUGGCUGAAUUGCUCCCAUUUACUUCAUUGCGGAGUAGGAGACUAGAAGAAUGUUUUUGCUUUCCCCUGGAUAAGAGCUUUUGAGAUGGCAACUUGGACACGUGGAUUUUCUUCAGAUUUGUACUUACUGCCGACUCUGAUUUGGGAUGUAGGUGGAGAGCCCAGAGAAGUUCCCUUGCUUCUGUAUUAGAGCAGUUUUCUAAUGAGCAUUUAUGAAGAUGGCCUCUUCUUUCCAUUAAGUGUAACCUCCUUUUUGCCUUUCAAAUUAAUAAACUCCAUGCCACUCCUU